CCAAGAUUGUAUGUCUCUGAAUGCAUGCGCGCGCGAAAAGUGGCAGCCGCUGAUGGUCUGUGCGCGCCUUUCAUGUCGGCAAUGUGUCCCAUAAGAAUACCAACUGCUUCAAUAGAUGUCUACGUCUCUUAGUGAAGGCUGUGAGCUCCUGGAGUUUACACCUGAAGAAUCUUCUUUCUGCCGAUGGGCUUCUUCCACAUACGCGGCUUAUCAAAGGUCAGCGCUUUCGAGAAAGUACAUUCCUCAAAAUCCGGCCGCAGCGUCAGGACCAAGGUGGUUUCGAUCGACAAGGCGCUCGGAAAUCGUAAGUCAUAAGACUGCCAUUGGGAAACGCUGGGGAUGAGUCCAGUGUAUGUUAACCGUACGAAGCCGAGCACUUGCAGGCCCACUAGGCGUCGAAGCUGACGAAAUGAAUGCACUUAGAAAUAGACAAAGUCGCUCAAGUUAGGGUGUGCAGCUAGAUGGCCUGUAACAAAAUUCAAAUUUAAUUCUUACACAGAAACAUUCAGUCUUUUGGUCGAGAGGUCAUCUUGGCCCCAAGGGGUACCAAGGACUCACUUUUGCCUCGGUAUGCACUUAGGGGAAAAAGUGGUGAACUCCCCUCCUAAAUGAAUUUCAGAGAAUACCUUUCGCGAUGCAUAUGAAAUGCGCUGCACCUCAUUGAUAUGGUAAAUCAGAAAAUCACUUUCUAUGACACAAGGACUCCUUGUUCAUUGUGCUAAGCGAAUAAGUACGCUAAAUUAACCGCUUUAUAAUCUCUCUGUCGACUACCGUAUUAAUGACAGCCUCGAAAUGGGAGCUGACGCGACAACACGAGGGUGCCCAAAUCACAAGUCAAGGAAGACAGACUGUGCUGGUCAAAAUUUACUGUUGCGAAAGAACGUACAGAAGGAUCAGCAGGCUUCAGGCAUGUUGUCUGUGCCAGUGUCCGCCGUUGAGGUUCUUAGUUCCCUGCGCGUGUUUGCUUUUGUUUUGUCUGAGUUGAGUCCGCCUGUGUAGCCAAUCAGCGAUGGAACGGCGUUGAUUGGCUUCGAGUUCUCGCCAGGCCAGCGUCAAGUGUCGCGCGGUCUAAGCAGCAAAUCGACAAAGAGCGUGUGGCCGACAGAAGGUCAAAGUGGCGAAGCGAUCAAGUGGGCGGUCUAUCACUCCCCCUCCUCCAUUGCGUAGUACAAGUGGCUUUGAGCUAAAUUCCAGGAAGGGUACUCAUUCUCGUGUCCCAACCCCAACACUAACCCUGACCCAAACCUUAACCGCAACCUUUCUCUUAACCCCAACCGUAACCCUAAUGUCCCUGAAAUUUAGCGCAAGACCAACUCCAUUGUGGCGGUCCCCAUUUCCGUGUCCUGUUGGGGAGGAGGGAGGCACAUAAACAACCCCCUACCCGCAUCCUAAACAGAAUUAACUUUCCUGCCCUGUUGGCAGACUGCCCGAAAUAUACCCUCCUUCCAAGAAAUCUUAAUUUGUGGGUCUCCCGCUCAAACCGAUUUGAACGAAGUAGAGUGUUACUAAGUUACAUCAGAGCUCGAUGCUCCGUGUCAGAAGACAAUUCCGGCUUCACAGCAUUCGUCGGAAACUGACGUACCAGGUCACCGCUAUUAUAACCGACAAUUGUAAUUAGCAGUACAUGUGUGCAAACUCUCAUGUCGAAUGUUGCGCCUUCCGCGUUGGUGUCGUGGAGGAGUCAUGGACGGACGUCUUCAGUUUUUUCCAGUCGCACCAGGAGAGCCGCUAACAGUAUCUACCUUGUUCGAAAUUUUCGCCGGCGUCCUAGUGGAAGUGAGUCUCAGUUUCCGUUCUUUGGAAUUAAUUUGGAGUUUUUGGGAUUAAAUUGAAGCUCCCAUCUUGUUUGGACAGGCCGAUCGAGCCCAACACUCUGAGAUAGACCCCCAGGUCUUGCUGAGCGUGGAGACGAAAUAUGUCCGAUGUAGCAGGCAGCCUCCUUAGAAAUUCGAAAAAAAUGCAAACAUACUAAACUACCUGGCGUGAAAUGAAAAGGGACGCUACGGGUGUUUUAGUUAGUAAGCAUGCAAUACAGUGCGCUGUUACAGUUAUGUGACGACAAACAAACAAUCUGGCCAGUGUAAUAUUAGUUCACAUGAAAUACUUUUUGUGACGCCUUCGGAUAGAGAGACGACAUCCAGAAUCUUGGACAUGUGUUUCAUCACUUAUCUGCUGUCGGAGGAAGCGACUGUGAAAAUGUCGAGUCCUGGUAGGCAGACGAUGCAUCAUUACUUCCUCUAACUGCAUCCGACGAGAUUGAAGUAAAAGCGUCACAAUGCAGUUUACGAGACCAGUUCCAGUCUUUAUGCAGGCAGUGGAGUUUAAUUCGGUCAUCUCCACACUGCGGAGUCGGACAUCGCGGAGUUUGGAUGUGCGGCAGUGAUAACCAGCCAAUCAGAUCAGAGAGAAGCGAAUGCGCAUAGGAGUGUGCUUCAUCAUAAACUGGAAGCAGGCUCCAGCCAAACGAUAUGUCAAGUGUUGUGCCGAUUGUCGGCGUCUGAAUGAGGCAAAACGAUGUGUUUCAGCUCAUUGGUGGAUUCCUCAGCGCUACGCCUACGCGGCAGUGUCUGACACGUAGGGUUCCGACAACUUAAGUCUGAGUUUUUGGAGACUAAAUCAGAAAAAUAACCAAACAGAAUGUCUUUUUACAACGAGCAGUAGCUCAAUUCAGCCUUAUUUAUUGUUAAACUGCUCGACCUUGACUAGGAUCUUUCCAUAUGGUUAAGACAAUUCACCCAACGACGCGUCCACUAUUAGACUCGUAAAUGAUUUUUGAGAACAAGAGUUCACAAAGUUCCCGCAGGUCAAUAAUGCAAAGCGACUUCGCGAAAAACAGUCAUAGACAAAGUCGACUAGGGUAAUAGUUAUGUGCAUAGUCAGCAUUUGGGUGCCUGAAGGAAACAAGUAACGCGUUCGCCGGCACAAGUAAGAAAACGUGAUUUUAAUAACGACGGUUUUAUGAGUUCGCUCGCUUCAGAAAUUCUGAAUUCCAACCUUUUGGUCGAACGGUAGUGUUUUUGGAAAUUCUCGCUUUGCAGCUUCCUCGAUCCGGAGACCAACUGACAAAGUAAAGCACUCCGGGAUCGUCGAACGGAAUUGCGGACAAGGCAAAUAAGUUAAGGUAACGGGAGCAGUAUCCUUGAUGCUGACAGGUGAACACGUGCCAACAGUGAUAUUAAGUAAGGCGGACUCAUGAACUACGACCCACACGCCACAACUGUGCAACGGUUUCGAAGUCUCGAAUCUAAUUUCCUGCAAUAGUUGCUAAACGCAUGUCGUCAGGGCCUUGUGCCGCAGUUCUCUGGUCUGUAGUCAGCCAUCAAACGCAAAUAAUUUUCUCCAGAAUUGGUGGUCUUAACGUACUGUCGGGUAAAGUCAAUUAAUCCCAUAGUAUUUAAGGAGAUGUUGAUGGUGGGUGGAGCGUCGAAAUCAUAAGCAUGAUAACAGGCGUUGAGGGCUCGGCGAUCCAUCACUCAGAGCUGACUGGUCACACAAGCUCUGCGCAAGUAAAUAGGAUCAGCUAUAAACACUGGAUGAUCGAGGUCUCGUACACACCAUACCAACCGGCACUCAUGUGUUGGUAAAGGGGGGUGCAAUGAUCAAGUUGCGGAACUCUCACAUUCCAAUGUGCCUUGGGGCUCUCUCUCGAGCCUUGCUAACAGUCCACACUGACGCGUCAUAUAGGCAGAAUAGUAUUGUCGAUAAAGACACGGGGGGGGGAUUGAAACGGCCAUUUCUCGCCCACCAGCCGUCAUCAGCCAGCCAUACCCAGCCCCGAGGCAUGCAACCUCCGAGGUGCACCCCUCUCUACUACUUGCAAUACACCCGGUGGUAACCGACAGGACGACGAGCUCGCUGUUCGAUUAUCAGGGCGUUUGACCGACAGGUAGCGAGUUCAAUCCCCGGAGGUUGCUUGCCCCGGGGUUGGAUAUGUCUGGCUGAUUACGUCUUUAUCGGUAAUGCUAGUGCUCAUGCAAUUGAACAGCAGCCCUUUAUAUCAAAUAGUGCAACCAAUGUGCCUUUCCGUUUGUGAGGGUGGGCUAUUUAUCGAUCCGAAGCGCCAGGCGAAAAGAGCACUUAUUUCGAUGACUCGAAGAGAUAGAAGUCGGUGUGAUUCCCGGUCAAAACCGAGGUGGUCCAGGGAGACAGGUGGGUGCCUACACAGUCGCAUUAUCUCGAGCUACUGGCUAUGGCGUUAAUGCCAUAUUGUUCCCAACGUUUUGGGUUUGGCCGUGGACGCCAGAUGGGACGCGAUAAUUGGGUCGGUUGCUCGUGCUAAAAGUGAUCAACAUGUGGUCCAUCAGUAGGCGGUUAAAAACUCAGCUGAAUCAUUAUAAAACCCCCUAAAUCCAAGACUUGUCAUUUUACGGACCUCAAAUGCUAAAUGCCUAACAUCCGGUAUUUGCAGAAGUCGGCAAAGUAUACAGUUUCCGUUACUGUUAGAGCGAAUUUGAGUUGUGUCCGGAAAAAGAGUCGAUGUUCAGCGAUAACUUUCACAAUUUCAGCAGAGGUUCGAGAGUAUUUACUACUACUACUACUACUACUACUACUACUACUACUACUACUACUACUACUACUACUACUACUACUACUACUACUACUACUACUACUACUAUUACUACUACCAUUACUACUACUACUACUAA